ACAUCUUCUUUCUCACUUUUGCUCAAUCAUAAACCCUAGCUAAACGACCAUGGCUACCGAUGUCAACGGUUCAAAACCAUGCGACAAGUCAUUUUGUCAAGAUUAUAUGAUUCUAAGCCCUAAAGAUGUCGGGUUAUGGGAUCUCACGAAACUCCUAUUCUCCAAACAUAUUGGACACAGGAAUUUCAUAGACUGUCCCGAUGGAACCGUUGAAGAAAGCUUUUGGAGUCGUGUCGCAAUCUUCAUGUCUGUUGUUUUACAGAAGGUUCUUCACUUAACUUACAAACCCUUGGGUUGGUUAGGCUCGGCCAUCCAAUUCAUGCCCAACUUUAUGGAUGCCAAUGGAGGCUUUCUCAAGCUGCUUUUGAAUCUCGUAACAGGAAAACUGGUGGUACCUGACAUCGAGUCAUCGGAGUUUUUAUCGGCGAUUGGGCUAUGGGACAUAAGAAGAGAUUUAGACAGUAGAAUUAAGCAUGAUGAUCUCAGAUACACAAGUGCACUCGCUGUUAUGGCUGCUAAAUCGGCGUACGAAAACCAAGCCUACAUCAAAGAAACGGUCGAGAAGCAUUGGAAGAUGGAGUUCGUGGGGUUUUUUGAUUGUUGGAACGACUAUGAAGAGGAUUUCACGACACAAGGGUUCAUAUGGAGCGAUAACACUGGUGAUUCCGAGCUGAUAGGUGUUUCCUUUAGAGGCACAUCACCUUUCAAUGCCAAGGACUGGUCCUCGGACGUAGAUCUUUCAUGGCUUCACCUCCCCGACAUAGGCAAGGUCCAUGCCGGUUUCAUGAAAGCCCUAGGGUUACAAAAGAGCCAAGGUUGGCCUAAAGACCUCCAAUCAAACGUAGAAAAACCCUAUGCUUACUAUGCCAUGAGACAAAAGCUUAAAGAGCGUCUUGAAAACAACCCAAAUGCCAAAAUCUUGGUAACGGGCCAUAGUCUGGGAGCAGCAUUAGCGGUUUUGUUUCCGGCCGUUUUAGCAUACCAUAAAGAGACUGACUUGUUAUCAAAACUAGAAGGGGUGUAUACAUUUGGUCAACCUAGGGUUGGAGAUAAAAAAUUUGGUGAAUACAUGAAAGAGGUGUUGGUAGCUCAUGACAUGAGGUACCAUAGGUUUGUUUAUAGCAACGAUUUGGUUCCUAGAGUUCCCUUUGAUACUUCUGAACGCUACUUCGAACAUUUUGGUACAUGCCAUUAUUACAAUAGCUUCUACAAGGGAAAGGUGCUCCUUGAAGAACCAAAUAAAAACUACUUCUCGAUAUUUGCGAUAAUACCCAUGUUUGCAAACGCAACCUGGGAGUUGAUUAGGAGCUUCAUUAUGUAUUAUCAAAAUGGACCAGAUUAUGGUGAAACGUAUACCUGCCGAGGUUGGAGAGUGAUCGGACUUUUGAUCGCAGGAUUGCCAGCACAUGGCCCACAAGAUUACGUUAAUUGUACUAGAUUGGGUUCUCCUGAGUUGUUUGCUAAGUCAACCAGUGGAGUCAAAUGAGGGAUAUAAAUCGGGCGUACCAAGUUUGCACCAAAAAAUUUGCGAUAAAAUGCACUAUUUCUUAUUGAAAUAUCAAUAUUCUUUGCAAUUAUAUGUUUUUGUUGUAAAAAUUUCUAUUUUAUGCAACUAGAAUACCUUUGUAAGUACUUUGGGGUUUCAAUUUACCCGAUGAGUAGGUAAUCAGUUACCCGAUCAGUACUUUUUUC